UAAAAACGUUUAUAAAUGUUUAUAACUAGAGAAUUAAAAUACUACUUCAUCAUUUUAAUAACUCACAGCGGAAUUCAAUGGAGUAAGUUGUGCAAAAUGAAAGCAGAUAUUGUUGUUAGUAUUUUUGCUUUGAUUUGUUUUCAUUUGGUGAUUGCAAUUCAAUAUACAUAUGAAAUAGUACAAGUCAACUCAUUUACUUUUGAUACAUCUUAUAAUACGCUAUCAUAUCCUUGUAAUUUUCAACUAGAUAAUGGAUUAAGAAAUCGAGAUUUUUAUAUACAGAAUGUUACUCUUCAGAACAAUAAACCAUGGUUGUUCAGUUUAGCAGAGGAAUACAUUGUGGUUAAUGCUUCUGUAGCUGUUAGAUAUGGCGAUUAUAGUUUUAUUGUAAAAUUAAAUUCUUAUGAAGAUACACGCUGUUCAUCAAAUUCAUAUAAUGAUGCAAAUCAAUGUUUUAGAGUGAGCCAAUACAAUUCUAUUUUCGAUGAACAUUACUACAAUAUUAAUGUUGGAUUCAAUAGUGCUAUUACAAAGUAUGUUAAAUUGUCAACUGUAAACGAUUAUGAAAUGAUUCUCUACUUUCUUGUGUAUACAAAACAAUUAAUAAAGCCUUCUUAUUUUGAUGCACCUGAUGCAAGCAUAUAUUCAAUAAGUGAGGCUUCUUUUUUUUCUACUACUCCAAGUAUAUUCUUGGAUGCUAUCAUAAUAGCAUUAAAUCUAACCACCACUGAUAUUCAACCUAUAAGUCCAAUUAAUACUGAGUUUGAUGUAUCUCCUGUUGCAUGGUUUACAGUACAAUUAAGCAAAGUUAGAAUAACUCACCAAUUCAUAGUUAUGUCUAGCAAUACACUUGGUUAUAACUUUAUCAAUGGAAUAACUCUAUCUUUUCGAAUAAACAAGAGCAGAAAUUUUAUUUUUUACAAAGAAAAUAAUGAAAUAAAGGUUUUCACAAGUAACUAUAUCAACUCACAAUGGUUUAGUUAUAAACUACUGAAUCCUUUUAUGGCUUCAGAAAUCAGAUUGAAUAUAGAUCCAGGAGCUACAUUUAUGAAUUUCAAAAUGGACUUUAGAUUUAUUGAAACUAUGCAGUAUCAAUACAAUAAACCAAUUAUUGAAUCAUUUGUAUUUUCAAAGAAUGAUUCUUUAAUAAUGAGAUUUAAUGCACCAAAUUUAAUCACUGGACUAACAUUUGAUACUAGUGAUCAAUUAUUGGAAUUUUGUAUCUAUUAUGAAGUAAAUGGUGAAUACUUACCAUACAAAGAUAACAAGCUGUUUAAUGAUACUAUUGUGUUUUCCAUAUCAUCAGAAAUAUAUUUAUAUCCUUUUCGAACAACAUCACUUAAACUUUUAUGCGUAAACUGGAAUGCAGUUAGUGAAAAUAAUGUUACUAUUUCUGUAAAAGGAACUUCUUAUCUGACUGCUGAUUACUCUUGGUCUAAAGAAAGUGUAGAAGUAACAAACAAUUUUGCUGAAUAUGCUAGUCUUGUUGGGACUGAAACAUUGUAUGGUGAUUCAAUUAGUAUGCAGAAAAAAAAUUCAUUAAAUAGACUAAUAAGCGAUCAUUUUGGAUCAAGUUGUUUCACCCAACCUCAUUUGUGCGAUUCUGGAUUUUCAGUUCAACUCAAUGUAGAAGAACCAUUUUCAUCAAAUGAUGUUACUUUAAAUUUUCGUCCUACAACAAUUUUUCUUACAGAUGAUAAUAAAGUAAUGGACCCUCAAUUUCCACUGUUUGGACAAUUUAAUAAUAGACCAGCAACAACAUCAUUUUUGUUCAAUAAUGUUAACUUACCAUCAAAUGCAGAAGUUUCAAGUUUUAUGUUUAUAGUUGGUCCAUAUCUAAUUAAUUGUCAAAAAUGCAAUGAUUUUGAAGCACGAGCCUAUUUAUUAGUUUCUCAACAUGAUUCUUUUAUAUCUUCAUUUAAAAACAGUUUGUUUGAUAGUUUAAAAUAUCCAAAUUAUUAUUCUGAUUCAAUGGAUAAACUUUCCAAUGCAGAAUCUGUAAUAUUUAAUUUUAAUGGAUCUAAAGAUAAAAUUAAAAGCUACAACAGUAUUGAUUUAACUAAUCUCUAUAAAAUUGUUUCAAAUAAAUAUUUUGGUUUUGUAAAGCAUCUUGGUAUUGUUAUAAUGCCUAAUACUGAUGAUAGUAAUAAUUUUUUUGAGUUUUAUAGAAGUGGAAUUACAUUGACUAUAUCCUAUCAAAUGAAAGUGGUUGGAGAUGUAAAAUCAUUAUCACCUAUUGCAACAUCACAAUCAACAUUUUUUAAUUUUGAUGGUUUUUAUUAUUUUACUGGAAUAGAUUUGUAUAAUAGUGAUAUCAAUAAAAAGACAUUUACUCUACUAGUUCAAUCUUCUGAUUAUUUUAGUAAUAAUCAAUAUGAAGCAUUUGAUGAGUUUGAAUUAGAAGGAGGAGAAAAUCAGUACAUUGCAUUGAGUAAUGUUAUUAUGGCAAAAAAUUUACAAAUAAGAAAUUUAGAUAAUCCCUCUGAUGUUAAGUUUUUUGGCAGUAAAUAUGCUGGUAUUUCUUUUCCUAUAAUAUCUGCUGGGCUUGGAGGUUACGAAAACAAUACUCAUGGAUAUGGAUUUAGAAUUCAGUUAAAUAAUGAUAGCAAUAUAGUGGCCACAGUUGUUGCAAAUAACAGUUUUUAUAUAGCAUACAUGGAGAAUCCAACUACAGUCCCUUACACUCUGACACUGGUAUGGUCAAAACAAAACGAUGUUUUAAUGUUGUAUAAUAGUGAUAGGUUAGUUAGCAUUGCGAUUCCAUCAAAUGUUUCUUCACACCCUUGUUUGUAUAAUGAAUAUCUUCUUGUGUAUGCUGAUUAUUACAAUUAUUCAAAUCUUAAUACAUCUCUUUCUGGAAUUAAAAUGUGGUCUGUUCCAUUAACUUCUGACGAGAUAUCUUAUUUAUUAAAUGAAACAAUUUUAGACUGGAGUAAUUUAGAUGCAAAUCCUCCCACAGGAUUUAAACAUGGUUCAGAUUGUUAUUGUAAAAAUGUAGUUUGCCCAUGUGAAACACUUGAAAUAUCAAGCACUGUCGAAUACUCCAGCAGAUUAUCAGAUAUUUUUUUAAUGACUGUUGAUGACUAUUUUAGCGAGGAAUUGAAUGUGCAUAUUUUAGAUAACUCUGCAACAUAUUUUGAUAAAGUAUUGUUGAACUUUCAAGAGAUAAGGCUUCAACAAGUAUUUAUAAAAGGCAGUCUAGUUUCAAGUAAAAGUGAUACAUGUUCCAGUAUAAUAAUGCAGCUUGAAAACAAUGCGGAGAAAGUUGAAACUAAAUGGUGUGACUCCAUAAAUUCAAAUGAGAACUUUUCUAGUCCUGAUUUAACACUGUUGCUUAGUCACCUGCUUAAAGUUGUAAAUUAUGCUAAACCAUUGACAAUCAUUGUUAUGUUUAAUGGUGUUGUUUUGCAACCAGGAAGUGUUUUAGUAAUUACAUACUUGUUGCCUAAACCUGGUGGUUUCAUACAUGCAAGUGCAAUCCAAAAUGACAAUCAAGACCUUUUGGCAUCAAUUUCUUUAGCUGUUACUAGUACAUGUUUGUCAUUUCAGUUUAAAUUUGGAGGAACAGGAUUUGUUAGUCUUGUCAUAUUGGGUUAUUCUAACACUACCACAAAAGAAUUAGCUUUUUUUUAUCGACGAGAAGGUCUUGACCAAUGGGUUAACAGUUUUAUCAGUUUGCAAAAUCAUGGUGAUGUUUCAUCAGUUUAUUUUGUGGCAUUAAAAAAUGGCAUUGGAAUUGGAUAUAUUGCACUUGGCACAAUACAGUUUUUAAGUUGUGAUAAACUGGGGGUAAAAGGACCAAAUGAUAUUGAGAGUGGCUCAACAUAUUUGAAUAAUUCGUUCUUUCUUUAUCCUGCAAUCUAUGUUAGAGGGUCUUCUGAAGUAUUUGCAAGUUUUCCUAACCCUAUAGUCACAUCAGGUGGUAAUAGCAUCUUUUUGCAAACUAUAUACGGAAACAUUGAAGAAGUUUCAAUGAAAACACUUAACUUUUUAGAUGUAAAUUUAAAUAAAGAUUUUACAUUUACAUUUUGGUACCAAGUUAAAAAUUCACCAAACCAAAUUUUAAAUUUCAAAUACGGUAAAGAAAUAAAUGUUUAUCCCCAAACCUCUUCAAUUAGUAUAAGUGUUGAUGGUCAAAACCAAAAUGUUAACAUAAACCAUUUAUUACAAUGGCAUUACAUCGUUGUUCAGUAUGAGCGAAAGUUUUCAAAGCUUUUGUUUGAAGUGGAUUUUAGCGUUAGUAUUGCUUAUGAUAAAAUUCAAUUUCCACAAAAUUCAAGCCUGAAAGUUGUUUUGGAUAAAAACAUAUUCUGUUUUCAAAUGUACAAAGAAAUAUUGUUUCGUUCUGCAUUAAAAGCAACAAUGUUAUGUACAAAUAAGACAGUGGAAAAUGCAUGCACACAACAAAAAAGUAAUUGUGAAUGGUGUAAUCCAUUAUAUGGUGAAUGGGAAUUGUAUCCAUGGGAAUAUAUUUUUGAUAAAAAUGGUGAUUGUCUCAAAGACGAUUUCAACAAAACUUUCUAUCAAUCAUUUAAUAACGCUGUUAAUGGAAGUUAUUUUGUUGACAACUCUGAUGGUUAUGAAAUUAAGCUAUCUCCAGAAAUUAAAUCUGUCUUGGGUUUUAUUAAUAAUGGAUUGUCAACUGAGUCUACCUACGUUGUUGUUGCUGAUCAAGAUGUUUCAAAUUAUUUGAAUAAAAGUUCCUAUAUGUUUUCUGUCUGGGUUAAACACACCUGCGAAAUUAAAAAUGAAUAUCAGCCAAUUAUAAGUACUUCUCUUGUUGUAUUGCUUUGUGGUGUUUUAGGUACAAAUGUUCUUUCUAUAUUACCUACUUUGGUUUAUCAUGAUAAUUGUUUGUAUCCAUUACCUGGAAAGUCUGGUUUGUGGUACAACUUUGCAUUUGUUUACAAUGAAACUAUAUCAGUUUACAUUGAUGGGGAACUGGUUUCAAAAACAGAAUGCUUAGACACAGCUUUACAUUUUAAAGAUAGUGUACAAAAUAAUGAUAUACGUGUGUGGAGUGUUGGUUUGAAUGCUACUUUGUUAGAUGAAGUAUUUAUUGGAGAUGUUGCUCCUGAAACUUUAUUCUGGAGCCAGUUAACAGGUAAUUUGAAUUCUAAAAAAAUUAAGCAAAUGACUAAACCUUCCCGAUUCUACUCAACCUCACAAGAAAUUUGGUAUAGUGAGACAAGUUUACAUGGCAGCUAUAUGAAUGAAAGAGUUGUUACAACUAUAGAAACUCAGUUAACAGAAUUACUUCAAUCAAUCAAAGAGUUUUUGUUGGUUGAAGUGACAUCAAUGCCACUGGUUUACGGCUAUAAUGUUGUUCGUUAUUUGGAUAUUUAUUUUGCUGUUCAAAGUAAUGAUGUUUUUCAAAAGGUUGUGGAAGCUUUAAAUAGAUAUACUCAUAUUUUCUCAGCUUCUCAAACAUUAACAUUUCGAAAUAAUUUACUUACUGCCUUAAAUUAUCCUGAUGAUUAUUAUAAUGAUUUGGUUGCUCAGCCAAAAUAUUAUGACUAUUUACUUGAAUAUUACUCAACAUUUGCAUCUUAUGAAGUACUUCUUCAAAAUAAAACGUUUGUUGUGAUCUCAUUAAAAUUUUUUGAAGAUGAAAGAUAUCCUAUCAGUACAGCUUUAAUCCAAUGGAAUCAAAAAGAUGGAUCUGACACAAACCAAAUCUGGUCUAACCAAACUAAUUUUAUUAAAAUCAGUCCUUUAAAAGCUUUUACUGAGUAUUUUAUUUGCUUCGCCUUUACAACAAUUAGAAGGAAGAUGAGUUUUUGCACUCGGCAAUCUAAAACAUUUUGGACUGCUGAAGGAGAACCUGUUCAACCUCCUAGUUUAAAUUGUUUAUCUAACCAAUUAAAUAAAACUAUGAGAUGUGACAUUGGUGAAAUAAACACUCAAAAUUGGAUAGGAGUUCCAUAUAGUUAUAACUUGGUAUACAGAGUAAAGUUGCCAGGCGAUAAUUGUAAUAACAGAGAAAGUGAUUUAAAUCAUUACAUUAUUGUAUAUUAUAAUUCUAUAAAAACAAACCCUGAAAAAUUACGUGUGAUUUUUGAUACUUCUGAUUUUCAUUUUGUACAACUUUGUGUUUUUGCUUAUGCGGCAACUCAAGGUGGGAAUGGAAUUGGUGUUGCAAACUUUAUUGUUAUAAGAACUCAGAGCACUGCGCCUGAUAUUGCACCUGAUGGUUUAAAUGCAACUUUCAAUAACACUGAAGUUUUAUUUGAGUGGCAAUCUCUUGAAAAUGAUAUAGAUGUCUGGAAUGAUGUUAAAGCAGGCUCUUACCGUUUAAGCUACGGAAUGUUAAAAAGUUCAUUACCAAUUAAAGUUGAUUCUUUUAAGACUGUUAAUGUAAGCAAUAAUCAAUAUGUUUUAAAAAAUGCAACCGGAUGCCAUGUUUACAUUGCUUAUGUAAAUGCCUAUUCUAUUGCUCUUGGUCCUGCAAGUCCUAAUAUAUGUUUUCUUUGUCCUAUUACAAAGCCUGACUGUUUAAAUCCUGUUAUUAAAGCUUAUUAUCUUGUCGACCCAAGAACAGCCGUUAUUCUUCCUGAUAGUUUUGAUCCUACAUAUUUUAGAGGAGUUGAAAAGUCAUGGUUAUUUCAUGUAUAUGUUACAGGAAGUUAUGAUCCUGGACCUAUUGAUUUAAAUUAUCGUAAUAAAAAGUUUAAUUUUCAAUUUUCAAUUGAAGACUAUGCUGAAAAAUCUGCAAUAUGUGAUGAUGACAAAUUAUUGAGAUUUCUUAAUCAAACUACUAAUUAUGAAUUAACUCUGAUAGGAUUACAUCCUUAUACAAGUUAUAAAGUUUCAAUUCAACCCUGCAAUGAACAUGGUUGUGGUAACAUUUCAAAUCCAGUUUUUUUUACUACAUACUCUGACAUACCAAGUUGUUCACCUAACUCACUUUACUUACAAAAUGAACCUGAUGUAGCUGUGGUUGUAUCAUGGAAUGCACUAGAUGAUAGUUGUGCUAAUGGAAUUUUAGAAAGCUACACUCUUAAUUGCUCAGGAGAACAAUCAGGCCUCCUGGAAAAUAUUACUUCAGAUCUUUCAAUAAUGUUUAUCAAUUUGCAUAAUUAUGAGAUAAUUUGUUGUCAAGUUGCAGCAAAUAAUAUUAAUGGAACAGGACCAUAUAGUUCUGAAAAAUGCAUUCGCACUCCUGAAACUGAACCUGAUGCUGCUCCAAUGCCAAGUAACAUUGAAUUGACAUCCUUUACUGGGCGUUUUACAAUAUUCCCUCCUGAUCGUAAUAAGAUGAAUGGUGUAGUUUUGGGUAUUAAAGCAACCAUAAGAAACAUUUCUUUUGCAAAUUCAACUUUUGAAACAUCAAGACUGCAGCAUCGAUCUUUACCAUAUUCUGAAGAAUUUGAUUUUUUUUUUACUCCUAUUGAUUUGUACAGUGGUUCAGUAAAUAUUUUGUUUGAAUUUUUGCUUCCAUCAUUUGUGUAUAAUGUAGAGCUACAAUAUUUUAACUCAAUUGGUUAUGGUCCUUGGAGUGAUACUUAUCAAAUCAUUACAGAAGAAUAUUAUUCUGAAGCACCAAGUUUAAUAUCAUAUUCAAGUAACAAUGUAAGAAUCAUAACAGUUAAUUGGAGCAGUAUUCCUAUUGAAAAGAGUAAUGGAAUAAUAUCUCGAUAUAUAAUUUGUCGUAGUCAGAUAUUAGACAGUAACGUCAUUGGAAGAGAAGUAUGCUUCAACCACACAAAUCUUUUAGUCCUUGAGUUUAACUUAACUGAUUUAGAUCGUGGAAGCACUCACAAUGUUAGUGUUGCUGCAUGCAACAUGGCAGGAUGUGGAAAGAAGAUUUAUAUUCUUGCAAGUGCUAUGGGAUUCACUGACGGACAUUGGUUAGAGUGGUCAAUGUGGGGGGCAUGUAGUAAGACAUGUGAUGAAGGUCAGAAGAUGAGGACACGAAUUUGCACACCUCAUACUGAAGGAGGUUAUGAUUGCUCUGGGAGUAACUUAGAUUUCACAACUUGUCAACUGGCAAGGUGUUCAGGUUUUGUUUUGGGAAGUGAAGGUCAAACAAAUUGUACAGCUGUAUGUGCUCGAAACAAUUACUUAUGUUCACCUUUUUAUUUAAAACCUUAUAAUGAUACAUCUCUUUUUCUGGAUGCAGUUAUACCAAUUAAAUGUAAAAUUAAUUUGGCUAACAAAGUCUACAGCUCUGAUUUAGAUCCUAGUUUUGAUAACAGUACAGGUGUUUGUCAUGGUUACAUUAACAUUCCAGAUGAAGUUCCUUGUGAGAGUAAAAGUACCUUUAAUCAACCAAACAUGCACAGGUUGUGCAAUUGUAUCAGUCCAGUUGAUUAUGGGUUUACAAAAUGGGCUCAUUGGAGUUUUUGCUCAGAGACUUGUGGAAACACUAGUGUACAAGUUAGAAAGAGGAAUUGUCUAGGAACUUGUACUGGAAACUCUAAAGAAACCCGUGUCUGCGAUGUUCCAUUAUGUCCAGUUGAUGGAGAAUGGGGAAGUUGGGGAAACUAUUCUGAAUGCAAUACUACUUGUGGGUAUGGCUAUCAAAUUCGAACUAGAGAUUGUAACAAUCCAUCCACAGUUGGAAGUGGUACACCAUGUCAAGGAAUCGAGAAAGAUGAAAAACCAGAAUGCAAUGCUUUUCCUUGCCCAGUUGAUGGUGGUUACUCAAACUGGACUGAUUGGUCAAUAUGCAGUAGACCAUGUGGAGAAGGAGUAAUUAUAAGUAGACGUUACUGCAACAAUCCUGUACCUGCAUUGAGGGGUAAAGAUUGCAAUGGCAGUGAUAUAAUGAUAAUGCCGUGUUACCUUCAAAACUGCACACCUAUUCAAGUGGAUUUGACUCAGAGAACACUGGAGACUUGGGUAUGGAGGAUGUAUGACAUUAAUUCAAAUGAAGGUCGUGCAUUUGCUCAACGGUUCAAAGAAUCUAUUAACAAGUACUUCUAUAACAAUAGUAUAAAUGGUUUAAGUAACGUUGAGGUAACCCGUCUAAAAGCUGGAAGUGUUGUUGUAUAUUAUACACUAACAUUUGAUUAUUUGUACGAUCAAAUGAUUCAGUUCAUUGAUGGAAUCAAUCAAGUGGGAAAAAUAACCAACAUUAGUAUAGAGAGUAGGCAGUACUACUCUUCAGAUGAUGUAUCAUGCCCUCCACCUUACAAUAUAUCAGUUGCAUCAUAUGAUAAAAACACUGUGAUGUUAUCAUGGUUGCGAGAUGCUUGUAUUAACAAAACUGAUGUAUGGUUGUAUGUUUAUUACAAAGACAUUACUUCUGCAAACUCAACAUGGGAAUGGAGAGGUUUAAAUUCAAAUAAAUCCUUAGGGUUUGUGCCUGAUCUCAUUACAUCUCAUAAAUAUAAGGCAUACAUGCUUACUGCUUUAAGUAUUGGAAAUGGUUUGCCAAGUACAGUUUUUUAUUUUGAAACAUCAUCUUUCCCACCAGAGAGACCACCUCCUUAUGCAAGUUCAUAUUCUACAGAUCCAACAGAAAUUUAUAUUGAGUGGACAGAUAUUCCAGUGAAAUAUAGUAAUGGUAAAAUACUUGGUUAUAGAAUAAGAUACAAGAUUUACACAAAAAAAGAAGCAUACCAAGUAGUUGAAGCUCAAUUUGGUUUUAAUGCUUUCACAAUAAAAAAUUUGAAACCAUAUACAUUUUACCUUGUUGAAGUUUAUGGAUAUAAUGCAAAUGGUGAUGGUCCUGUUCAAUACUCUAUGUGUAAAACAAUUGAAGGAGUACCUUCUAUUCCAGUUCCAAACUUUGUUGUAAAUGAUAUGCAAUCAAUCAGUUGGUGGUCAGUAUCUUGGAAACCUAUACCAUCAGAGUUUGUUAACGGAAUUUUACGUGGAUAUCGACUUGUAUAUUAUUUGAGCUAUCAAUCAGGAGUUGAAAUAAGUGGAGAGAAAACAAAAAUUUCUUUAGAUUUUGACAUAUACACUCGCUAUUACAAACAAAAAGAUCUUCUUAAUUAUGCUAUUUACAGUGUAAGUGUUGCAGGUUUUACUGCUGCUGGAAGUGGUCCUGCCCCUGAAUACCAAGCAAGAACAUGCAAAUGCCCUGAAUUGCUUUUUGCAAACUUGUACAUUAAAAAACCAUUCACUUCAAUUAAUGGUGAUUUGAAUCCUAGCGGAUUUUUUUUAAAGUUGUUGCAAGAGAUGGUUGUUAAAUCUUGCGGUUCAUGUCAAGGUUACUCUAGUUCUAAACUUUACUUUAAUCAAUCCAAAACCGGAGAUGAAACAAUUAAAAGCUCAGAAUUUGAUUUAAAAAAUGCCAUAAACAAGGAUGUUGACUUGAGUUUCCCUAUUUAUGGAAUGAAUGGGCGUGAAGUGGCACCUGACAGUGAGUUUUCUGUCCUACUUAUGUCACCUGGAAUCGCGUUGGUUGUGCGAAACGAAAACACAAUAAAUCAAGUUAUUAACAAAAUGUUGUUAGGCGUAUUGAAUGUGUGGCCUGUGCUGCUUAUCAGCUAUGCAAUCGCUUCUAUAUUUGGCAUUGCCAUUUGGUUUACUGAUCAGUUUUCAAAUCCAGAACAGUUUUCUAAAGGAAGUUCACUUCGAGGACCAUUGUCAGGGUUCUGGUUUACAUUUGUCACUAUGACAACAAUUGGAUAUGGCGACUUGAGUCCACGCUCGAUAUUGUCACGAACGUUUGCAAUGGUUUGGUUUCUUACUGGACUAAUUUUAAAUGGAAUUAUCAUUGCUUUCAUAGUUACAAACUUAACGACUUUGAGUUCUUCCAAGGAUUAUAUGUUAUACAACACAAAGGUUGCUGCAUUGAACAAUUCUUUAGAACUUAAACUAGCUAUUACAAACAAUGCAGAGGUAUCUCAAGUGCGUUACACAGAUAUUUCAUCGAUGCUUGAAGAUUUACAGAACAAGGUUGUUGAUAUCGUGUACGUUGACACGUUAUUAUUGUUGGGUUAUCAAUCUGUGUUGGACGAAAAAUCCUUAACAAUAAUAUCUCUCGAUAAUAUAAAUACUGGGUACGGUUUUGUCAUGUCUGGAAGCAGUGUGGUUUUAACAAUAGAUAUUGAUAGUUUUAUUGGUUCAAAAAGUAACGAAAUUUCUGCAUUUGCGACAUCAUUAAGAUCAGAAAUUCCAAACCUUGCUGUCCAAGAUUCAAGCCAAAUUAUUGCAGAUAUUUUUUCUGAAACAUCGCCCGCCUUUCAAAGCUCACUAAUUUACUUGGGCAUUAUGAUUAUUCUUUUUAUUGUUUGUGCUUUUACAUUUGAGUUUAUUAUGCGUAGAAAAAAAAGCAAAAUUGGAGUGGAUGCUGCUUUUAAAGACCAACUUUUUGAAUUAAGACGAUAUAUUUCUGAUUUUCGAGACGAAUUUGCUAAAGUUUCAGAUCAAAUAAUGUGUCAACACGAUGAAGAAAGAGUACUACUGGCAGAUCUUAAAAGGUUUUAUAAAAACAAAGUUAAGAGAAUUGGUGUCUACGAAACAGAAAGAUUGGUUGCUAUGAACGAUAAAUAUAGAUUUAAUCUUAAUAAUGUCAUAUUUAAACAUUCCAAGUGAUAUACUAUGUUUUUACGUUUAUUUAUUUUUGUCACAUUUAAAAAAUCCGAGUAAAUGCUUUUACAUUUAUAUAUAGCAUAAAUUGCGAUAAAAUAAAUUUUUAA